UCUCAAAAUGAAAAUUGUAUUUCCGAUAACACAUGAACGCAGCAGUAGCGUUUGUUGAACUCGUGCAGAGCCGAACAGCCUCACCAACUACAACAAUGAGUGUGAGCAAGCAUGUCCGGCUAGUUUGAAUUGAAGUUUACUUCAGUGAACUGCCGGUAAUAUUCACUACAUGUGCUUAUUGGAGGUUUCCGAAGCGCUGUGUUAAAUGGAGCUAGAGGACCAAUGGUGGAAAGGACAACUCGCUGCAGAUAUAUACCAGGCGCUACGAUACAAAGAGCUCAAGUUGCCUUCCUACAAAGGCCAGUCUCCUCAGAUCAACUUGAGACGAUACUUUGCAGACCUCAUAGCCAUCGUCAGCAACCGCUUCAGGCUGUGUACGGCAGCCCGACACCUGGCCGUCUACCUUCUGGACCUCUUCAUGGACCGCUAUGAUGUCACGGUGCAGCAGCUUCACAUGGUCUCGCUCUCAUGUCUUCUUUUGGCCAGUAAAUUUGAGGAAAGGGAGGAUCGGGUGCCCAAGCUGGAGACCCUGAACAGCCUGGGCUGCAUGAGCUCCAUGAACCUGGUGCUGACCAAGCAGGGCUUACUUCACAUGGAGCUGCUCCUGCUGGAAACCUUCCAGUGGAACUUGUACCUCCCUACAGCCGCUCAUUUCAUAGAAUACUACCUGUCUAUUGCCGUCCAUGAGGGAGACCUCCAUGAUGGCUGGCCAAUGACAUGCCUGGAGAAGACCAAACUAUACAUGGCCAAGUAUGCUGAUUACUUCCUUGAGGUUUCCUUGCAAGAUCAUGUGUUUUUGUGUUUUGCCCCCUCACUGGUGUCUGCUGCGUGUGUGGCUACCUCCCGCCUCAUCCUGCACCUGUCUCCGACAUGGCCCCCCCGACUGCAGCGCCUCACAGGCUACACGUGGGACAACCUGGUCCCAUGUGCCGAGAAACUACUCAUUGCACAUGACAGUGACGUCAAAGAGGCCAACAAGCAGAAGUGCCAGCAGCCCGGCCAGCAGCAGCAGCAGCAGCAGCAGGGCCAGACGGUGUACCACGGUUCAGGCCAGACAGCCACUGCGGCCCAGUACCUGCACCGGCCCAGCGUGCAGUAUCCCCAGCAGGCUCCGCAGCCGGGCCUGGCCCCUAACCACAGGCCUGCCUCCUACCUCAGCCACUCCACCGCCGGCCUGCAGGCUCCCAACGGCAACACCCAGACCAUCUCUGCCUCACAGGAUCAGAAGUCCAGCAUUCCCAACAGGGCUUACCAAGUCAGCAUGCACUACACCUGCGCUGCUCCGUGCUUCGACAGAUGAUGGAUUUUCAAGAUGGGGGAGGAAGAGAUGUGAUGUGUUUCGCUUGAACGUGGCAGAAUACACUGAAGGAAAAAAAGGUGUUUUUAAUUUGGAGAGACUUGAUAAGAUUGGUACAGCACUUUGAACCAUUGCGUAUGCAAAUGCGCAGUAUGCAUACUCUGUUUACUCUGUUUAAUUUUCUGUGGAGAACCUGCAUUAGGAUUCUUCUCUUUUUUUGUUGAGAUAUCAGGUAUGAAUGUUGUUGUGAGGUGGCUAGAGGCAGAGUUUGCACCACUGUACCCACUAGUGUCACUGUAUAAUUUAGCUAGAGACCAAAAGUCUUGUAUUUAUUUGAGCCAAAUUACCUCAGAAGUAUUGAAUGUACAAAUAUUUUGUGCCUGAAGCCUUUAAGUUAAGGGCAGUUACAAAAAGGGACUUUUGUUAGUUUGUGGUUGAUAUUGGAGAGCACAGUUUGUGUAGGUGUUACCCUCGAACGAUUUCUUUCUUUCUUUUUUUGAUGUUUAAUUUGUAAAACUAAGGGAGAAAAAAAAAAGUCCUCUAGAUGUCACAAUUUAUUUGUAGAGAAAAUUGUUGCUCCUCUGUACAAAGAGGAUUUCAGUCAGUGCUGUGCACUUCUAUGAUAAUAGUUUUAAAUAAAAUACAAAUAUGUGUUAGUUGAACUGAGA